AUGAAAAAGAGAUUGGGUGAUUGUCAACUAAUUGAUUUGGGCUUUCAAGGUCCAAAAUUCACUUGGUGUAAUAAGAGAUUGGGUGCUAACCAUGUGAAAGAAAGAAUCGAUAGGGCACUGGCUAAUUCUGACUUCUGUGAUGAAUUCAUUAAUGUGGUUGUGUCUCAUAUUGAACCUGUGGGAUCUGACCAUCAUUUGCUAAAUGCUUUAAUCAAAUGGGAUAAAAAGAUCUUUCCUAAUGCUAGGAAACUAGUUGAUGAGUUGACUGCUCAACUGGAAAGGUGCAAUAGUAGGGUGAUGAAUGAAGAGAGCAAGAGAGAAGUAGAAAGUCUGAUUAAAGAAAUAGAAGAUGCCUGGGAUAGGGAGGAGAAAUAUUGGUGGCAGAGAUCUCGUGUAAAUUGCUGGUUGCGAAAUAUAGAAGUUGCUCUACAAUUUAUAGAGAAGAAGGUCUCUGCUGCUGAUAAUGAUUUGUUGGAAAGAGAAUUUUCGAUGGAAGAAAUCAAAAGUGCUGUUUUUCAGUUGAAUGGUGCUAAAGCACCAAGACCGGAUGGUUUCUCAAGAACCUUUUACCAAGCUGCAUGGGGGGUGGUUAGUGAGGAGGUUGUACAGAUGUGGGUCAAUUUAGACCAAUUGGUCUCUGACUUUGCUUACAAGAUUGUUUCUAAAAUUCUAGCUAAUAGAAUGAAAAUGCUGUUAUCCAGAAUUAUUUCAGAGCAUCAGAGGGCGUUUGUGGCUGGUAGACUGAUUCAGGAUAACAUUUUAAUUGCCCAUGAAGCUUUCCAGUACCUGAAGAACAAGAAGAAAGGGAAGAAAGUGGAGAUGGCAAUUAAAAUUGACAUGAAUAAGGCUUAUGACAAAUUAGAAUGGAAAUUUGUGGAAGAAGUCAUGAGAAGGCUUGGUUUUGGUGAAAGAUGGAUUGCUUAG